GCAUUCUUCGUUGCACCCAGAGACGCGGCUUUAAUCGCCGGACCUAUCAGCGCCUGCUCCUUUCAUACCAGACCGAUAAUUUAGUUUUCCUCUUAUUUACUUCAUACACUUAUGUAUUUUUGACGACAAUAAUCGAUUUUGUUUUCAGAAAGGAAAAUACUGCAUGAGCGGUACUCGUCAAAAAAUGAAGAAUUACCGUACGGAUUGCAUGUCCAGGAGAAUAUAUGGCUAGUCGCACAAAUGAAGUGUAAUUGAAGGCACCUCCACUUGCAAAUUGUAUUGUUCUGGGACCGGAAUUUGACACUAAGAGCUCAAACAACAGCAAGAACCUGCACACAAGAGAGCAACAACUGAAGACCAUGCGAUCCUUCAGAAUCUGAAGCUACUGAAACUUUGGGAAGCAGUUAUGGAGGACCUGUAUAAAGACAGCCAGCCCACUGUGCCUCUGGAUAUGUCAAACCCACGGAGCUCAGUGAGCAGCAGUGGAGGAGGAGAUGGGAAUGGGAAAUCAGACAAUGGGAUGACUCAGCUGAUCACGGCCGAAGCCUGGAACAUUAACGGAAAUGGCCUAAUGAAGAAGCCACUUUCUCCCCUGGUGGCUGUCCCAGCAAACUCUAUAGUCAGCCCUGCCACAGACACUCCAGGAGGGGUGGCUCUUAAAGUAGCCGCAACCGUAUUGCAACCAAUCUGUUUGGGGGACAGUCCGCUCGUACUGCCCAUUCACCUCCAGAUGGCUGGGAGUACGGCUCCCCAGGUCAGUCCUGCAGGCAACACGUCCUACCUGAUGACCGGCCAGGGUCCCAUGUCACUGCCUCUGGUUCUGGAACAGCAGGUGUUCCAGCACUUGAACUCCCCAGUGCUUCAGCAGGGGGCCACUUGUCCUUCGAUAUCUUUGCAGAACAACAUCUUAUGCCAGAACUCAUCCCUCUCCUUCAGCCAGGCUCCACCCCUGGACCAGAAGCCAGGUGCACAAUCACUGGAAUCUGGCAUCUUGCCCCUCCUUCAGAACCCAGGUUUUGCUGCAGUCCUGCAGGACUUGUUUCCCUCUCAGAACAGUCUCAACACCUCUAGUUGCCAUUCAGCAACGUCUGCUCCUGAUGCCUUCUCUUCAAGCGUCUUCCCUCAACUGCCUUUCGCUUACCCUUAUAGCUCUCCACUGUCUCCGCUGGUUCCUCCGGCCACUCUUCUGGUUCCCUAUCCAGUUAUUGUCCCCCUGCCAGUACCUUUGCCCAUUCCAGUUCCACUCCCAAUUCCCAUUCCUCAGAAUGACGAUAUCAAAGGCUUCACAGACCCACCCAAACCAACUUGCACUUUGGACAAAAGUACGCAGACCAGAGAGAUUCCUAAUCGUUUACCACCACACAGCAGGGAAGUGACCUUGCACAACCCACCAGGGCCGUCUACAUUCUGUCCUUCAGACACUGUGGGAGACAUCCUGGAUCUCUCUGUAAAAGGCCGGCCAAUCCAAACAAAGCAGGAAGUCCUAUUUCAACAAGAUAGUGUCCUUGACUUGUCGGUGUCCAGUGUGAGAAAACCGUGUAUCCAAACACAUCUUAAAGAGCUGCCAGUAGGAGAUACAGCUCUGGCUGGUCAUUCCUGUGAGGAGAAAAGAGGUUCUGCCUUAUCUCUCGAAGUUCUCCACCCCAUGGAGUGCACACAGAACAUGGACUCCAAAAUCAUGAGCGGACUGGCAUCCCUGGAGUUCAGCCGGCAGCACAAGUGGGUGGUGGACAGUAGUGGCAGCCGGUCCGGCUGUGAGUCCAAGUGUGGAAGCGGGAACAUUGAAAUCGUUAGCACCUCCCAGACAGCCAAAGUCAUCGUGUCCGUUAAAGACGCAGUUCCCGCCAUCUUUUGCGGGAAGCUCAAGGGCAUCUCCGGUGUCUCCACCAAAAACUUUUCUUUCAAGAGAGAUGCAAACCAAGACCCUAUGCUUCAGCAGCGCUACAGCAUCAAAGCCCAGCUUGAACCAUGCGACCCCAAUGAUGCCCUUAAAAAGAGCCCCAAAAGCAAGCCAAUCAAACUCAAGAAAGUCAACUCUCAGGAGAUACAUAUCCUCCCCAUUAAGAAACAACGGCUUGCUGCGUUCUUCCCAAGAAAGUAGAGUCUCCUGGCACACGGUGAGAAGCACCUGAAUGACACUCCUGGGAAUGGGGACAUGAGAAUUUGAAUUUAGCAUGACAUUUUUUCCCAAAAAGUCUUACAACACAAAACAAAAAGGAUAUUGAUAUAUUUCUUCCUCCACUCCUAAUUACUUUGUUCACUCCACAGAAGCAUUAAGUGAUGAAAUUCACAUUUUAUAUGCUAAACUUUGUCAUUUGGAGUGGCACGCAGACCAUGCACUGAAAAGGUAAUGCCUUUGAACAUUUUCAGCUGUAAUAACAUUAAUUUAUCUAAGGAAGCCUUUGUUUUCACAGCCGUACUGAUUUUUUUUUUGUUAGGUUGCGAGUCACCCCACCUAUCAUGGGAACAGUCUGCCAAGGAAAUAUUAGCAAUACAUAAACCCAGCAAAGAACUAGAGUGCAUUUCCUGUCUUAAUAUGGAGUUAAUUUGAUUGUUACCCCAAAGUUAAGACCAUAAAUAUCCAUCGGUUUCGUAAAUACCAAAACAAAAAAUGGGUCACAAAAAGGAUGCAGAAUUCAUAAGAAAGCAUGAUACUCCAGUGGCACAGGGCACCCACCCAAACUGCAGUGUCUCCCAGAGCAGGAAGACAAACCUUAUAACUGCCAGGAACCACCAAGGCAGCUCAAACUUUAAUUAUGACGAAUGCUGGGAACAGCUUUCAUAACAAGGCAUGUUUUUCCGCUUCCUUAAAAAGGAGGGGAUUCCUAAAUCAUAAUGCUGUCCUGGUUCCAAGACUGAUCAAAACCAAAUCACCAUGAAAGGGCUAUUUGUUAAGGAAGAAAAUAUUUUAAAAAAACAACUAGAUUCUCAUAGGUUCACUUGAGGAAAUCCACAUAUAAAUAUAAUGUUCUGAAUUGCUUUCUUGACCAAUACACUUGGCACACUAUUAAAGUACAGGUUAAAUUCGGCAAUGACACGAACGAUUCAAGUAAAAUGCUGCAUUUAAACUAUAAAUGAGUUUUCCUUUAAAAAGAAAAAGAAAAAAAAAAAAAGGGUUUGGCUUUCGAUGUAUAUAAGCCUAGACUGGCGAGGUGUGGAAGUGCUUAGCCGUGAUUUCCAACCCAAGACCUACUUCGGGUGUCUUUUUGGUAGUUUACAUACACCAUUAUCUUCUGGUUGUAUUUCAGUAUAUUAGUUUCAUUAUGUAUCUAUAGCUGACUUUUGUUCUGGACGCACAUUUGGUUAAAGACAUUUGGUUCUCAGGCUCCCAUGGUGAGCUCCCAAAUGGGUGUUAAUGCGGCAUUCUUCUCUAGAAUCUCUGCUGGUCUUCAGGGGUCCUGAAUAUCCCAACAAAGCCCGAACCCAUACUGAAGACCAGACAAGUGUUAUGUCUAAGCAGAACAAAAAGCUUCAGAAAGUCAAUAUUACAUGAAGUUUUGUUCUAGACUCCUGUCCGCAUUUUUAUUGUGAUAAGUUAUUUUAUUGUACAAUGCAGUUG